AUGGGCAUUGGAAAUAACCAUACCAAUAAAGCCAUUGAAAGUUGUGUAGCGCAACUUCGUUCAUUAACUGAACCUUUCAAGGUCAAUCAUUCCUUUCUUGUGUUACCGGAGCUUACAGGCAAUAUUCCUAAGUUCCCUAUUGACAUACAACAAUUAAACAUACCCAAUAAUAUAAAACUUGCUGACCCUACGUUUAACCAUUCUGCGCCUAUUGAUAUACUCAUUGGCGCCGAACUGUUCUGGUACAUUCUAGGCUGCAAGCAAAUCACGCUCGGCCCUUACAAUCCUAAACUUAGAAGUUCCAAAUACGGAUGGUUAAUUUCAGGUCUUUAUACAAAUUCAUUUCAUAAAUCUAAUAAUAUUACUUAA